GCAGCGAGGCCACAGCCGGGGCCGGGGGCGCCCGCAGCCCGCCCGCCGCCACCACCGCCACCACCAUGCCCUUUGACUUCAGGAGGUUUGACAUCUACAGGAAGGUGCCAAAAGACCUUACACAGCCAACCUACACAGGGGCCAUUAUCUCUGUCUGCUGCUGUCUCUUCAUAUUGUUUCUCUUCCUGUCUGAGCUCACUGGAUUCAUAGCCACUGAAAUAGUUAAUGAGCUGUACGUGGAUGACCCAGACAAAGACAGUGGAGGGAAAAUAGAAGUGAACCUGAACAUCAGUUUGCCAAACCUGCACUGUGAAUUGGUUGGACUGGACAUCCAGGAUGAAAUGGGAAGGCAUGAAGUGGGUCACAUUGACAACUCGAUGAAGAUCCCUCUCAAUAAUGGGGAUGGCUGCAGGUUUGAGGGCCAUUUCAGCAUCAACAAGGUCCCUGGUAACUUCCACGUGUCGACGCACAGCGCGACGGCGCAGCCCCAGAACCCCGACAUGACUCACGUCAUCCACAAGCUCUCAUUUGGGGACAAGCUACAGGUCCAUAACGUCCAUGGAGCAUUCAAUGCCUUGGAGGGAGCAGACAAGCUCAGCUCAAACCCCCUUGCCUCUCACGACUACAUCCUGAAGAUUGUGCCCACGGUGUACGAGGACAUGAGCGGCAAGCAGCGAUACUCCUACCAGUACACCGUGGCCAACAAGGAAUACGUGGCCUACAGCCACACAGGCCGCAUCAUCCCGGCCAUCUGGUUCCGCUACGACCUGAGCCCCAUCACAGUGAAGUACACAGAGAGGAGACAGCCUCUGUACAGGUUUAUCACAUCGAUAUGUGCCAUCAUUGGAGGAACAUUUACUGUAGCUGGGAUCCUGGACUCCUGCAUUUUCACAGCAUCAGAGGCCUGGAAGAAGAUCCAGCUGGGCAAAAUGCAGUAGCAGUGAAACUCUACCCUCGACUCCAAGGACAGGAGCAAAGAUUGACAAAUCUACCACUACCUGUUUUUGUCUUUAUUUUCUAUUUGAUUGAAUCAGUAUGUUUUUCUCUAAUCAGGCUGGUCAGUGAAGACAUCUUCAACAAAUCAAAGAAAUCUCCAUGCAUUUCAGAGCUCUGAGAGGGAAAAAUCAGUGGAAUCAGGGUGUGGAUUCCCUCCCCCCAGAGAGAGAGGUUGAAAUGCCAUUUGAGAUCUAAGUGAGGAUGGCAGUCUGUCCUCUGGGAGGUUCCUAUGGCAGUGUACAAACUAGGGAGUAGAUGGCAAAGAGCUGAACUGUCUUGUGGCACUUUUUGGAGUUCUGUUGGAUUUGCAUGAUCAGACAAUCGACUUUUGUAUAGGGCAAAAUUACGCAUGAGGAAGAAAUUCCACCCAUGGUGCCAAAAAGGUGAUGUAUCUGUUGGUGAGGAGUGGAAAGUGUUAGUCCCCACAGCAAACCUAAGAGACAGAGGGCAGAAAUAACACCCAGAAAUGUUCUGUGCUUCUAUUGAAAGCUCAGUUGUUCAGAUACAACCUUUCUAACCAAGUGAAAAAAGAACAGGAAGCCUUCCCCAGCUACCUUUUCCUAUAGGUGAUCUGUGAUCCCAGCAGUGGAGGGCAUUUCUUUUACCCUGGAUGUAAAAGUGGUUUCAUUCCUUCCCACUAACUGAAUAUCCAGUCUUGUGUUUACAGGUGGCAUGAAGUAAAAACCAAACUGAGCAACACAGUUUUAUGUGGCCUUUGCUUUGAAAGGGAAUAGUUGUCUUUACAGCAUUAGCUUUUCUUUCUUCUGUUUCUAAACACAGACCACCCAAAAGUCUGGAUUCUACUUUAUUGUUGUUGUUGUUGUUUUCUUUUGAAAAGAAGUUUUAUAUUCUCUGUGCUCAGAAAAAUGGUGCAGCCCUCUGGGUGGAUGAGCACAGCUUCCUCUCUUGCUUUGUGUGUGUGUAUUCAAUACACCUGUCAAACACAGGAAUUCUGACUUUUCAGGAUUUAAGGUGCCUCCCUUUUCCUUUAAAGCUCAGCCAGGCAUCUUUUCUGAGCCCUGGCCUGCCAGUGCUCUCCCACAGGUACCCAGGGCAGCAUUCCCACAGGUGACCCUUGCUGGGAGUUUUGUUUGAUCCCUUAAAAAGAUUCCUGAGCUUCCCUGUCCAUUCCUUCAAGCCUUGUCUUCUGGAGCCUCCAAAACACAGAGGUGUGAGGGGAAAACUCCUGCCAGGGGUGUCUUGCAUCUCAUUUGGUUUCAAAAAUGAGAGCAGAUGCCCACCAGUGCAUUUUCCAGAGCCUCAUCAGUGUUCCUUGAGUAGUGACAGUCUCUGCAUGCCUUGUGAAUGUCUGAGCUGAGGAUACACAAAUUUUAAGUCUUUCAGGAUGGAUUAAACAAAAAUAAUCAUAAAAUAAGGAUCUUGAACUCAGUGCUGUAAAUUGUAAGAUGGGUGCAGGGUUUCUCUUGGAUUAUAUCCAUUGCCUUUCCCUGGAGGCAAAAUAUCCAAACUUUAUGCUGUGAUGAUAUGAAUUGUUGAAUAUUCAGUGUUAUUGUUAGAGUCAGAUGCAUUUCAGAAGAAUUCCUGAUUGUCUGUUGAAUUUGUCUCCUUGCUUUGGAAGCAGGGAAAGUGUUGCCAGUUUGAUCCACCCACCAAAAAGAAGCAGCCAGCUCCUCUCCCCCCUGCCAUGCUCUGCCCUGCAGUGACUUCAGACAGCAUUGGAAUUUUUCCCUGUUCUUCUCUGGACUGAUUGCUCUUACUUUAGGUGCAAAAUGGAUUGUGGAACUUCCUGUACUCAUUCAUGUAUGGGUAGAUUUUUUCAGUGAGAUGUUUGUGUUCACCUGGGCUGUGGGAUUUUCCAUGGCAAUUGCUUCUCCUGCUGGCUGAAGGAUUUCCUCUCAUCCACUGUGACCAGCUGAAAUUCACAGCUAAAAUGUCCUCAUUUUUCCUUUUGGAUUUGGCGAGUCUUUGCUGACAGCUUGGGAACAGUGGAUUACAACAAUGAGAUUUUUAAUAUUUCAGCAUCUUCCUUACACUGAGAUUUAUUUAGUGCAUCCUUCUCCUGAGCUGGGCAAGGGGAGAUCUUUGCAGUACAGUUCAUUUUCUGAAAUUUCUCCUCUGGUACAAUUUCUUUGACACAAAGAAAGGUGGUUGCAGAUUCUUUGUGUCCCCUGGUGUGUUCUCCCCAUUCCCUGUCUGUGUUAAACUGCCUCCUGUGCAGUCCAGGCCAGUUCUCUAAACAAGACCAGUGCAAUUGGUUUGUUUUGGGUUUUUUUUUUUGGAAGUAACACACUUCAGCGUGCCUGCUCUCUCUGCCAAAACAUCCCCUACAAUAAGGCAAUAAAUCAAAAAUUUUGGGUUUUUUUUUUUUUUGCAAAAUGUUGAAACCAAAUUGAACUGAAGUUCUGGCAGGAGGAACAUCUGUACCUGGGUUCUCUAAACCAGGUCUAAGCUUUUGAGAGCUGCCAAGCCAAGGCCACCUUCUGGGGCUGCUGGGAUUUGUGGUGAGCUCGUCCUGCAGGGUCACACCAUGGUACUGCUUCGUGUGUUUACAGCAGAAUCUGCUCUCAUCUCUCCAGGUGUGAAAGCAAGGCGGUUACUGCCUCUGCACCCAGGAGAUCUCACUUCUAUUCUGGAUUUUCUGAGGAGAAAAUGAGCAUAGUUGUGCUUUUAAACGUCCUUACAAACAAAAGAAUUUCAGGUCAGAGCAGAAGGAAACCCUCAGCUGUAGGGUUCUGAUUUUGCCCUUUCAAGUCAGUGUUUUUAUAGAAGAAUUUGGGUUUCCAGAAAAGACAUCCCUGUAGGAAAUAUUUGAAGGUCCCACUUUAAAUUAUUCCCUGUAACUGCAGACUCCACCCUACAGUGAGAACUUGAGGCAUAGGGUGCUUUGCAAUGGUGGAGUUAAAAACUUCUAGCACUAGGGAAAGUUAUUAGGUGUAUUCUAGGCAGUAUCUGGACUGCUGAAGAGUAUUUUAAAAAGAAAAUAAAAUGGAAAUGGGGUACAAAAACCCAGGAGAGAUGAGUCUGUGAAUGUUUGAUCUGAUCUCUCAAAUCCUUGCAUUUCUUGUGCGCUGUAAAAAAUGAGAUCUGCAGUGCAGGUGGCCCUGUGUGCCACCAGCUCCUGAAUAUUUCUCAUUUAUUGUUCCUUCUCUGCUGGGGCUGGGAAUGGCUGUGACGAGUCUCUGCUUUACUGGAGUUGUUUGAAUUUGCAGAUUGGGGGUGUCAGUGAGGGGUUUGUCCCUGGGAUGUGGGAGAGGGGCAGGGAGGAGGAGCAGCCCUGCCAUGUCUGGUACAGCAAUGUUUAAAGCACAAGUCUUUUACAUUUCUACAGUGGAGACUGUUAAGGAGUUCUGGCAUUUGUCUUUUUAAUUUGCAAUCUUAUGUUAAUAAACUAUUAGCCUUUUUAGUUCCAUAAUUAAAAAUAAAACUCUUACAUGUUUUGAUUGGC